UGUCGAGGCCUCCGUCCUCCCAGACCACCCCUCAGUCCUACAGGGUCAGCGACAGGGAUCUCACCGAGAUCGAGCUACACUCUGUGGACUCUAUCAACGAUCUCCACAGAACACACCCUGAAACACAGCCACAAAGGGCUGAGGCCUCCUCGUCCUGCUUACUCGCCCUCCUCCAAUGGGAAUCUUUACUCAAGUGACAUGACAGCUGUCAAUCAAAGAGGCCGUCCAGUCAGCAGUAAAUGGCAGAGUCGUCUACAGGACAUGUUGACGCCCAGUUCAUCACGAGCCUAUGCCAUGGGCUGUGCUAUCAUCACGCUGCUUCUGCUAACAGUGUUACUCAUCUUCUACUUUUUGGUCCAGCAGGGCGGCGCAGUCCGGAUGCUGACUGAAGCCGUGAGGGAGAAAGAGGAGGCAGCCGUAGAGCUGUCUCUGCUGAUCCAAGAACUGCAGGCUCUGAGACACAAUCUGACAGCCAUGAGAGGAGGGACAUAA